AUGUUUUUUGCAGACUGGAGAAGAAACAGAUGGAGUAUGAACCACUACAACAAUAACAGCAGCAUCUCCGUCAACUCCAGCACACCCGUAGCAAUCUACCGGCACCAUCAAAAACCGAUCUACCAACUCAGAGAACCGCAAGAUCGGGAAGGACAAGAAACAAGAAAAGCUGGUCCUCUUGGUGGUCGAGUGGCUAUAAUUUUGAAAGACUCCUAUCGUUCUACCAAGAUCGAUAUAAAAUUUAAUCCGAAGACGUUUGAAUGCCUAUGUGUAUCAUCGCUUCCAUUUUGUUCCAAUAAAAUUAGUUGGGUUUCCAUCUACAGACCUGGUUCAUCACAAAUCACAUCAACGUUUUUUGAUGAAUUUCGUCAACUUCUCAAAAAACUCACAGAGCUUGGUGGUCAGGUUGUCAUAAUGGGCGAUAUCAACAUACAUCUUGAAUAUCAAACAGAGGCGCAUGCUGUUCAGCUAACCAGCCUUCUGACAAUGUUUGGUUAUCUUCCACAUGUUCAGACACCAACGCACAACAAAGGUGGUUUGCUGGACGUUAUCAUUACCAGGUUUGAGUUCAGAGUUCACAACAUCAUUGUCGAUCCGCCAAUCAUAUCUGAUCACAGUUUGUUAUAUGGUUUGCUGGAUAUUGAACUACCUAAAACUACAUGUCUAGUCAACAAAAAAGUUCGAAACUUUAAAAGGAUCAAUAUAGAUAAAUUAAAAGAUGCACUAUCAACGACUGAUCUUUCCACUCACAAAAAAUUUGUAGGUCGCAACAUUGACGAACUUUUUGACAUCUGUGAUACGCUUUGUGAACUUAUGAACAAAUAUGCACCGCAACGAGAAAUACGGAUUCGUAUAAAAUCGACACCCUGGUUUGAUGAUGAUUGCCACAAAAUUAAACGCUGUGUACGCAGGUUGGAGAGGGUUUAUCGUCGCACCAGAGAUCACUCUGACCUAAUUCGGUAG